AUGGAGCGAGAGGAAGAUGAAGAGGUAGAAGACUCGGACGACGAAGAAGAAACGCAGAUCCCCAUUGAGGACCAGAUGAUGGAGAUGACGCAGGAACUUCCAGCCACAGAGCGAGAUACGAGUCCUCCGCCAGUGCAGAGACGCUCUCCACCUGCUUCGCCGCCGCCGAUGACUGAAGCAUUGGCAGGCCCGACAACGGGCUCUCCAGCAGCCAGCAUGUCGCCAUUUGCAGACGUCGAGUCGACGACACCGCAGUCCAAUGAGGACGAAGACUCGAGAUCCGAGACGUCGUCGGAGGUGAGUCUGGGAUCAGGUCGACCUGGAAGACGUCAAAGGGCCAGGAAACGCGUGUCGACAGCCUGCUCGGACCACCGGAAUCUGUCCGAGAGAAUGAAGAAGGCAGUGGCUUGUGAAGGAGACGGAGAAGAUAGCUUUGGGCAGUCGAUGAUUGGCGCAGACGUUGUGCUGUGUGUCAGACACAAUGAGAACCGUCGAGAGGCUAAUGGCCACGGCAAUGCUGCAAGUAACGGGAGCACUGUAAGAGGCAUUCGACGGUUCCAUGCUCACAGAUUCAUUCUGGCAGCCAGCUCGCCACCGUUUCGUGCAAUGUUGAUGGGAAAUAUGCGCGAAUCGUCACGGCGAGACGUGGAACUGCACGAUAUUGAACCUAACAUUGUGGAGAAGAUGUUGCUUUUCAUGUACACUGGAGACGUGGUGCUGGAUCUGGAGAGUGUGCUGGGACUGCUGAUCGCCGCGGAGAUGUAUGAAUUGGUAGCGCUGCGAGAAAUGUGCAAAGGUUUUGUACUCAAGUAUGCACACGAAGUGUUUUGCGACCCACAGAUCGUCCAAUUACCUGAGAAAAUAUUGCUGGAACUUAUUCCACAGGACGAGCUUCAGAUUCGAGAAAUGGCACUAAUGGAAGCUCUUGUCAUGUGGGGAGAGUCUCGUGUGGCUAAUGCUAACAAACCUUUGGGCGAGUUACUGGCAGAAAUGAUGGAUUUCGUACGCUUUCCUACGAUGAGUGUUAGCGAUCUCUACGGCAAAGUACGUCCUUUGGUGAACAAUGGGGUCAUUUGCGAGCACCUCCUUACUGAAGCGCUUUUUAAUCACCUGAAGUGGGGGUCGCAAACUGGCAUCGCGUCGAAACGUGCAAAGCCGCGUGCACUCACGGCCUCGCUGCGCAAGCGUAAGCGCGUGUCGUUUACCCAGCAUGUCACAUUCGAGACAACACCGCAAGGAGAUGGGACAUGA